GAUGCGUCUGAUGAUUACUGGGGUGCUAGGUGGGAGGCGCGCGCGGGUGGCGCGAUGCGAGUGGGAGGGGCGGCCCGCCUCACAGGCGAUAUUUCUUGCUCCCGCGGUUGACGCUGCCGCGGUUGGAGACGGUGAAGUAGUUGCCGUUCUUGAGGUUGGACUUGGCGCUCACGAAGCGGUUGCCGUGCGCGACGCCGCAGCUCUUCGCGCCGUACGUCUUGUAGCCGUUCUGCGAGUUGAUCGACUCGGACUUCUGGUUAAGUUGCCACUUCCCACCGGUGUCCUUGCGCAGGCCGCCGCCGACGGCGUUGCGCGUCGACACGCCCGCGGCGCUGGCCAGUUGCUGGUGGGCGGUGGACGUGGCCGUGGGCGUGAAGGACCCGACGUAGGUCUUGCCGGUGGACUUGUCGUGGAUCAUCGUCUUGCCGGCCAUGUUGCGUUUGCGUUGGUUUUGUGCCUGGGUGUGAUGAGGUGCUUCGUGAGAAGGAUUCAUGGGGGAUUUGGGUUUUGCGGCCCUGGGAGCAGCGCUGCGGUGUGUGUGCUGCGAGUGCGAUGAACGUGCACCUUAAUCUGGCUGCCUCUCUGAUUUGGGGAUUGGGGUACUGCUAGGCAUGCCAUGCUAGAUCAUGGCUCUAGCGUCGCGCACUAAUGAUUUCCACAUGCAUCUUCUGAAGGUCUCUCGCACUCCUAUGUUCGGACGUAUAGAAAGG